GCCGCCGCGUCUCAUGGAGCGUCCAGGCGCACGGUGGGCGAUCGCGCCCUCAACCGCGGCCGAGUGUCGCGCGAGGACAUGCGCGAGAAUUAUCUGAGGGUGCUCGAGAAGUUCAAGUCGAAAAAACUGCCGCAAGAUGUGAAUGCCAAGGGCGUGUUCGCCUGCAACGAGCUCGACUUAAAAGAGGUCCAGGUGUAUGGAUUCGAUUACGAUUACACGUUGGCGUGUUACAAGCCGUCUAUGGACUACUUGCUUUACAGCCUGGGACGUGACAUGCUUAUUAAAAAAUAUAAGUAUCCAGAGGGAAUUGCCAAUCUACAGUACAGAGAAAAUUUCGCCGUCCGCGGCCUCCAUUACGACAUCGAGAAAGGUCUCCUGCUGAAGCUCGACAGCUUCUUGCAAAUUCAAUUGGGCGCCGUUUAUCGUGGCUUGCAUCCCGUGCCCGACGAGGAGGUCCUCCGUCUCUACAAGAACAGGACAAUGCCGAUAGCUUACGUGGAGGCGCCCCAUAAACACUCUCAUCAGGAUGCCUUACAUCGCACGAAAAUGGUCCAAUUAGCCGAUUUGUUUUCGGUACCGGAAAUGAGUUUAUUGUGCAACGUUACGGAGUACUUCAUACAGAAUCAUAUCGAUUACCAUCCGGAGAUACUAUUUAGGGACGUUAAGAAUUCUGUGCAAAGCUGCCAUCCUGUAAUGCAUCAACUAGUAGCGGAAAAUGUGUCUGAUUACCUGGAACAGAAUAAAGAUUUGAGAAGAUUUUUCGAUCGACUUCGAAAUGCCGGCAAGAAGAUGUUCCUGGUGACAAACAGUCCUUUUCAAUUCGUUAACAAGGGCAUGCAGUUUCUGGUCGGCGAAAAUUGGAAGAAUUAUUUCGACGUGGUGAUCGUUCAAGCGAGAAAGCCAAGAUUUUUUACCGAGGAAUCGCGCCCCUUGAGAAUCUACGAUGAAGUUAAACAGACGCAAUUAUGGGAUCGGGUCACUAAACUCGACAAGGGUAUCGUAUAUCUUGAGGGAACAGUUAAACAGUUGCAAGACAUGACCGGAUGGCGAGGACAUCAAGUAUUGUACUUUGGCGAUCAUCCAUACAGCGAUCUGGCGGACGUGACUUUAGAGCAUGGCUGGCGAACGGGAGCGAUAAUAAAAGAAUUGACGCACGAAAUCGAAACCUUGAAUGAUCCAAAGUUCAAGGAAAGCGCGAACUGGCUUCAGAUGUUAACUGGUCUAAUUGAGGAACAUCAGGAUUACGAAGGACACGAAGUGCAAAAUGAACUGGACGAGUGGAUAAAGGAACGGGAUCAAUUGAGAAACGAGAUUAAAUAUGUUUUCAACAAACAGUUCGGCUCGGUGUUCAGAACAUAUCAUAAUCCGACUUAUUUUUCAAGGAGACUGUUCAGAUUCGCUGAUAUCUAUAUGAGCUCGAUCACAAAUCUGUUAGAAUACUCCACAAGUCAUACGUUUUAUCCCAGGAGAGGUGUGAUGCCUCACGAGUAUACUAGUUACUUCGUAUAAAAUGUCUAUAUUUUUAGAAAUAUUCGUUUCUCUCUUAUAUAAGUACUUUUAGAGCGUACGAUCAAAAUAUUUCGCGUUGCAGAAUAGUAUUUUCGAUCAUGAGAAAAGCUGAUAUAUUCGAAAUCACAAUGUAAAGCCUUCAUAACGGAGAAUCACUAAUUCCGCGCAAAAUACUUCCGCCUUAUUAUUAGAUAUGCAUGCGUAAUUUACGUGUACAUAUAAUAUGAAUCUAUAUCGAUCAACGUUAAUGCGCUUUUACAGCCAUGUAGUUACAGGUUAAUCUGCAUUGAAAUGUAAUGUAUGUAAACGCGAUAAAACGGACGGGCGUAUAGAUCACGAAGGCUCUUACGUUAUUAUUAUUACCAUGACAAUAGCCAUAUUAUGUAAAAUGAAAAUACAUCAUGUUAUAAGGAUUCCAGCCAGAAAUAAUCCGUCGAAUCAAUGUCGAUUUGAUCGAAUCGAUGUGUUGAUGAAUCGUCGCUGUCGAAUAUUGAGUGAUAUUUUCAGUAUUUUGUGUAAAAAUUGUUCCUAUCAUAAUUUUUUUAUGUUAAUUGAGCAAUUGCGAAUAUUUCUGUUAGAUUUCUGUGUUUUGGUCAAUUUACUAUAUCAAAUACAAUGGGUGCGUUCCGUUUCACGCAUGAUGCAUCACUUAUCCUUGUUUAACAUUCGGUGAACAACAAGGACAAAUGAUGCAUUAUGCGCAUGAUGCGUAACGGAACGCACCUAAUAUAUAUUUAUUACUGUGCUUUUCGAUUUUACAUCAAUUUGAUAUAGAAUUGACCGCGCAAAAGACAAUAAAAAUCUUAUAGAAAUAUUCGUAAUUGCUCAAUUAGCAUAAAAAUAACUAUAAUAUAGUCGAUGAUGAAAAAAAUAUAAACCUAUAUCGACUAUUCAUCGAUGUAUCAACAUUAACAUCAAAUCGUCAAUUCGACUAAUUUCUGGUUGGAGAGUAAAAUGUAUACUAUGUAUAGAAUAGGAAACGGCGUAAAAGUCGAUCAGCUAUACGCAAAGUAUUAUUGAGCUAUAAAACUCGUUAUAUAUUUUGAGAUUAAAUAAUUUAUUUUUCAUAAUUUAUGUAAGAAAGAGAGAGAAUGCGCUUUUGCGCAAUUAGAAUGAAAUAUAAAUUUUGAAGAGAAUGUUAAUUUAGAUCGUGUCGAUACUCAAUUAUUUUUGCAAUGAGAUUGAUAUUUACUGUUAUACGUGCAUAAUAAAUACGUUACCGUGCAUGAUAAAUUUAAAUUUUAACUUGUAAUAUAUUUAUGAAUAUGCCGUAUAUCGUGAACAAGUACAAACGUAUCGCGCGUAUGCAAUUUAAUUUUUAUCCGGCAUUUAUAAAAAGAAAGAAUGCAAUUUAAUUAAUAUUAACUUUCCUUCUAACAAAAGUUCCUUCUAAGUAAUCUAAUUAAUCUUAUUCCUUUCUGUAUGAAAAUGUGCAUUAAAAGCAAACGUUCGUUUAAAGUUUAAACUCAUCAAUGUAAAACAAAAUUAUUUGUUAUCACGGACCUGAUUGAUACUCAGCAUAUUCAAAAAUAUAGUCGUUAAGAUAACCGUGUGUUCAAAAGUAUAUAUAAAUGUAACUAUUAUUAAACAAAAAAUGCUAAAGUAUAUUUAUUUAGUAUCUUUGUAGACGAAAUGUAUUAUUGUUGCUAAAUAUAUCUUUAUUUUCAA